CUUUAGAGAACAGUAAUUUUGUUAUCUGAUUGAGCACCCUACAAUUAUGCGGAACAGCAAGUCUGAACAAAACCAGCAGUUCACUUCCGAGUGUAGGUUAGGCUCCCUCCACACACACACACCCUCUUGGGAAAAGUGUCGGAGAGAGAGGCUCAACCAACAACAAGUUGUGACAAAUCCUUUUUUAUCAAGGACAGGGAGUUCUCACAAAACACAAGUUGGGCGGUGAGAACCAUGCAAGUGAAUGGACCGAACGGAAAAAUCGAUUUGAGUGGAGGUUAUUUUCCUUCUUCUUUCAGUUGAGUCUGGCAUACCUCAUCCUCUCGUGUCUAGGCUACUGCCUGCGUGUGUAGGGAGCCGAGGACCCACCCGAAGACACACUUUUAUGCUGUGAUUUUUCGGUUGUCAGGACUGAUUUAAAGGAUUGGAAAUGCCUGGGAACGAGAGAGUUUGUCGUCUCUUGAAAGAGAUAAUUCAAAAGCCUGGGAACGACGCAUGCGCAGACUGUGGCGCGCCUGAUCCUAGUUGGGGCUCCUGUUCCUUAGGAGUGUUCAUCUGUGUUCAAUGUUCCGGGAUCCACAGGAAUAUUCCCUACAUCGGAAUGAAGGUCAAAUCCCUCAGCCUCUCCCGCUGGGAAGACCAGGACGUAAAGUUCAUGGCGGAGAAUGGGAACGAAUUGAUGAAGCAGAAAUAUGAGGCGGUUGUUCCUGUCUACUACUACAAACCGACCCACAAAGACUGCCAAUCGUUCACAGCUUUGUGGAAGUUACCUGUGGCGCUGAUGUUUAGGCCGAGGGUCCUGAGGGAGCAGUGGAUCAGAGCAAAGUACGAGAGGAAAGAGUUUACAGGGGAAGGGAAGAAACGGACCUAUGAGGAGGGAACGAGGGAUGGAAUGUUGAUGAAAAGGGGGCGGGACAACGGCCAGUUCCUCAACCGACGAUUCGUUCUCUCAGAAAGAGAGGGGACACUGAAAUACUUCACCAAGUAUGAUGCCAAGGAGCCUAAAGCGGUGAUCAAGGUGGACUCUAUCAACGCAGCCUUCCAGCCAGAGAAGAUAGGUAACCCCAACGGACUACAGAUCACCUACCUGAAAGACUACAGCACCAGAAACAUCUUCCUCUACCACGACAGCGGCAAGGAGAUAGUAGACUGGUUCAACUCUAUAAGGGCCAUCCAGCUCCACUAUCUAAAGGUGGCCUUCCCAGGGGCUAAUGAUGCAGAGCUGAUGCCCAAGUUGACCCGCAACUUUCUGAAGGAGGGCUAUAUGGAGAAAACAGGACCCAGGCAUACAGAAGGGUUUAAGAAGCGUUGGUUCACCCUAGACCACAGACGUCUCAUGUACUACAAAGAUCCCCUGGAUGCCUUUGCCAAGGGUGAGGCUUUCCUAGGGCACCAGGACCAUGGUUACAGCGCUAGCCCCGGCCUUCCCGCCGGAACCCACUGCAACGGCGCCUGGCAACACGGCAUCACCAUAGUAACACCCGAGCGCAGCUUCCUGUUUACCUGCGAGACGGAAGUUGAGCAACAGGAUUGGCUGAAACACUUCAAUGAUGUCAUCAGCAUCCAGAUGUCCCCUCAGGAGUACUCCAUGGAGGCUAUGUUCAGACACAAACAUUGAUGGGCCUGUGGCCUGAUGGACCCUUCCUUCUCCCAUCCUCCUCUCCUCUCCCAUCUUCUGUUCCUCCUCUCUCCUCCUCUCCUCUACUCGUCUUCUAUUCCUCCUCUCUCCUCCUCUCCUCUACUCGUCUUCUGUUCCUCUCCUCCUCCUCUCCUCUACUCGUCUUCUGUUCCUCUCCUCCUCCUCUCCUCUACUCGUCUUCUGUUCCUCCUCUCCUCCUCCUCUCCUCUACUCGUCUUCUGUUCCUCCUCUCUCCUCCUCUCCUCUACUCGUCUUCUGUUCCUCUCCUCCUCCUCUCCUCUACUCGUCUUCUGUUCCUCCUCUCUCCUCCUCUCCUCUACUCGUCUUCUGUUCCUCUCCUCCUCCUCUCCUCUACUCGUCUUCUGUUCCUCCUCUCUUCUGUUCCUCCUCUCUCCUCCUCUCCUCUACUCGUCUUCUGUUCCUCUCCUCCUCCUCUCCUCUACUCGUCUUCUGUUCCUCUCCUCCUCCUCUCCUCUACUCGUCUUCUGUUCCUCCUCUCCUCCUCCUCUCCUCUACUCGUCUUCUGUUCCUCCUCUCUCCUCCUCUCCUCUACUCGUCUUCUGUUCCUCCUCUCCUCCUCCUCUCCUCUACUCGUCUUCUGUUCCUCCUCUCUCCUCCUCUCCUCUACUCGUCUUCUGUUCCUCCUCUCUCCUCCUCUCCUCUACUCGUCUUCUGUUCCUCCUCUCUCCUCCUCUCCUCUACCCGUCUUCUGUUCCUCCUCUCUCCUCCUCUCCUCUACUCGUCUUCUGUUCCUCCUCUCUCCUCCUCUCCUCUACUCGUCUUCUGUUCCUCCUCUCCUCUACUCGUCUUCUGUUCCUCUCCUCCUCCUCUCCUCUACUCGUCUUCUAUUCCUCCUCUCUCCUCCUCUCCUCUACUCGUCUUCUAUUCCUCCUCUCUCCUCCUCUCCUCUACUCGUCUUCUGUUCCUCCUCUCCUCUACUCGUCUUCUGUUCCUCUCCUCCUCCUCUCCUCUACUCGUCUUCUGUUCCUCCUCUCCUCUACUCGUCUUCUGUUCCUCUCCUCCUCCUCUCCUCUACUCGUCUUCUGUUCCUCCUCUCUUCUGUUCCUCCUCUCUCCUCCUCUCCUCUACUCGUCUUCUGUUCCUCCUCUCUCCUCCUCUCCUCUACUCGUCUUCUGUUCCUCCUCUCUCCUCCUCUCCUCUACCCGUCUUCUGUUCCUCCUCUCUCCUCCUCUCCUCUACUCGUCUUCUGUUCCUCCUCUCCUCCUCCUCUCCUCUACUCGUCUUCUGUUCCUCCUCUCUCCUCCUCUCCUCUACUCGUCUUCUAUUCCUCCUCUCUCCUCCUCUCCUCUACUCGUCUUCUGUUCCUCCUCUCCUCCUCCUCUCCUCUACUCGUCUUCUGUUCCUCCUCUCUCCUCCUCUCCUCUACUCGUCUUCUGUUCCUCUCCUCCUCCUCUCCUCUACUCGUCUUCUGUUCCUCCUCUCUCCUCCUCUCCUCUACUCGUCUUCUAUUCCUCCUCUCUCCUCCUCUCCUCUGCCCAUCCUGGAGAUCACCAAGACGUUUGAGUUAGGUUAGGCUGUCCUUGCCUCAGAAAGAAAGAUGUACAAACACACUAGACUGCAGCAGUACCUGUCAUCAUGGUCAACCAUUGUGCCUUACACUAAGUCAUAAACUUUAAUGUCUCAGAUCAAUGUGAAUUUAAAUGUUUACUUUUAAAAGUUCCCUAUUAAUAUCUUAUAAAUUGACAUUUUUGAUGGGUGAGUUUGGUUUGGAGAUAUGUAAGAUACAUUUGAAUAUAACUAUGGAUAAUGUUCAACCCUCUUAGGGUUGUGUAUAAACAGUUAGUGGGGUUUUUUGAUAGUGCCAUCUUGUGGUGUUUCAAGAAUAUGACCGGUCUGGCUUUCUACAUAUCCUGUAUGUCCGAAGAUAUUUUCACCCUGUCAUUUUAAGGUAUUAUACAACAUAUUUAGACUGAGGAGACAUGCAAAGAAUAUAUCAUUGAUUGAUACAUAUUUGUCAUUCAUCCCAUGUCAUGCUUUUAUACGUGUUGUCAAUGGUGUUUUCCAUUAUAGAAGAAGAUUGGUUAUAAAUGAUCAUGUUUGAGGAACUACAAACCAUCCGUUUCACCAUUUUUUAAAUAAAUCCAUAUAUUGGUC